AACGUCUUAGCCACAGAUCCCUCCCUCCAUAUAAAUACCAAUAGGUUCAGUUUCCAGCGGCGUCAGUCGGUCAGUGCUAAUUUUAUAUUUUCAGAACCAAAAAAAACCGUGAUGUCAGCCACAGAAGUUGUUCAGGCUCCGGCCGUUGAGGCCCCGCCGGCGGUGGAGGCUCCAGCGAUGGAGGAGCCCAAAAAAGAAGAAAAGCCGGUCAAAGAGAGAAAGACGAGAACCCCAAGGGAGAAGAAGCCUAAAGAGCCCAAAACCGCUGCUCAUCCUCCAUACUUUCAGAUGAUAAAGGAGGCACUGUUGUCUCUGAACGAGAAGAGCGGGUCCAGUCCUUACGCCAUAGCCAAGUACAUGGAGGAGAAGCACAAGGCGGUGCUUCCUUCCAACUUCAAGAAGACCCUGGCUCUGCAACUGAAGAACUCUGCGGCGAGAGGCAAGCUGAUCAAGAUCAGGGCCUCGUACAAGCUCUCUGAGGCAGGCAAGAAGGACAAAACCACAGGCAAAACCAAGGCUUCAACAAAACCCAAAACGGAGAAAAAGACCAAAACGACCGCCCCUGCUCCGAAGGCGACUAAGAAGCCUGCGAAGAAGAACAAGAAGUCCACGGCUUCUAAGCCUAAGCAGCCCAAGUCCAUCAAGAGCCCAGCUGCUAAGAAACCCAAGAAGGCUGUUGCUUGAAAUGAAACAUGUGAAAAAGUUGUAUAGAAGUUGAGAGCGAUGAUGAAUUAGUAAUAAUUAAGUUGAAGGAAGUUGGGUUGUGUGUGUUGGUGUUAGGAGUUAGCAGGUGCUCUGUUUUUGUUGUGAAUAUGUAAUCUUAUGUUGGAAUGGAAUGGAACUGAACUGACUUUGUACUAA